UAUCAGGAAGUCCUGCAUGUUGCAUUUGUACUCCAAGUACAUAUUCUUUUUUUUCUAAAAUAUUUUACUUUUUCGUAUUUGAUCACUAACAACAUGGAUUAAUCUACACCCUAAUUUCCUUAUGUACAGUUGUACGUCCUUCAGUUGCAAUAUUUGGUUGUCAAAAGAAAAAAAAAUCACAAAAAAGAAUGAAAUUAGCUAGGUUUUUCAGGUACAAAUUUCACAUUUAUAAACUAGUGUUUAUAUUAAACAAAUGAAUGUAAGACAUAUGUCCAAUCUAGAAUAUUUAAAAACAAAAUAGAAAAAAAUUUAAACACUUUUCGUCCCUGUAUUAAUUGGCAAAUUCUUAUUGUGGGUUCUUGUAAUAUUUGACCCUGACAUAUUAACCUUAAAUCAUUUCGAAUUUAUGCUAUUGAUUACUUCAUGUAAUAAAUAUGUCAUAUUUGAACUACUUUAGAAGUAUAUUAUCUUCAAAUAUUGAAGUAACGGUACAAGCAUUAAUAACAUGAUUAAUAAUUCUGUAAAUUUGUAAAUAUUCACAAGCUGAGGAACCAAAAAACACAUUUCAUGAAUUCAAGUAAUUAAAGGUUACAAGGACUAAAAUUAAAAUUCAGCAAAAGUACUAUUAACCAAAACUAAAAAAGCAAGGGGAAAAAUGCAUGCUAUAAGGAUGGUACUUAUACAGCCAGAAGAGUACUAGUAGUAAACUUUCAUAAAACUGAGCCAAGCAUACAUUGAUCAGUUAGUAAUUUUCUUUGAAGUUCAUUGUGGGAGAUAUCUUCAAAUAUGGAAAUAGAUAGAGGAAAAGGCAAAAUGACAGAGAUUGAUAAUAUUGUUGAAAUGUUGGGAGAAGGUUAUGAAGGGCUAGAAGAUGUUCACAUAGAUAUAUCAAUGCUAGAGUAUGAUGAUGAUGAUAAACAAUGCAAUGAAGUAAUUCAUGGAAAUGCUGUUACUGCUACUGCUAGGGAGUUGUUGUUUUCAUCUUCAUCGAAUCGUCGCAAUUCUCAAAAGCAAGGAUGUCCCUUUGUAUUGAAGAUUUAUGAAAUGCUUGCUGAUAUUCAGUUCAAGUCCUUGAUUUCAUGGACCAAUAAUGGGACCAGCUUCAUUAUCCAUGACAAUCAUAGAUUUGCUGUUGAAGUUCUUCCCCGGUUCUUUCGACACAACAAUCUCUCCAGCUUCAUCUGCCAGCUAAACUGCUAUGGAUUCAAGAAAGUGAAUUGGGACAAAUUUGAGUUUCGGCAUGAAUGGUUUCAGAGGGGAAAAGGGCAGUGGUUGAAGAAGAUAAAGAGGAAGCCUAGUAAGUCCCAGAUGAAUGAGCAGCUAACGGAUCGACAAGGUAUAGAUGAAACAGCUGCAUUUACAAUAGGGAAGGAAAUUGAAGAAAUCAGAGCAGAGCAAGCCGCGAUGAGGGAAGAGAUUAUAGUGCUGCAACGGCAACUAGACAUGUUCGAGAAAGAGAUGGAAGACAUUAAUCAAGCCGGGGAUAAUUUGUCCUCUAAGAAAGCCAAAAUUUGCAUGCUCUUGUUCAACACUUUACUUGGACAGGCUCAGGAUGGGGAGGUAGAAGAUGGUGUUGAAACUAGGGGAAAGGGCAAUCGAGGCGAAAAAAGGAAAGUGCAAGUAGAAGGAGAGUUGGAGGGAGAUAAUGAAGGGAGCAAGAAGAUUGCAGGUGCUGCAGAUUUCAAGUCUGAUUCAUAUUUGGGAAAAAUGCUCAUGGACGAGAUGAACUUGAAUAAUUUGGCUCAUGAACAACCUGAUAAUUUCUUGGAGUCGGAGGAGCUGGCUGGAAGUUCAACUUUUUGGAUUGAUUAUGUGGAAAAGAUGGAUCACAAGACUAUCUUCUCUGGAGCUGGUCCUGCCUUCUCUCAGUCACAGGAAAGCCACCUUGAACCAUUACAAUAUACUUAUCUGCUAGUCAUAAUGUCAUAA